AUGUCUUCUGUAGCGCAAAGCGCUGGCCAAUAUCUUCAUGGGCCUCACGACUUUCGCCUAGAAUAUAAGCCUCUACCGGAGCUCGGCGCUGACGAGGUGCAAGUCCUUCCUCGUUCAACAACCCUUUGUGGUUCCGAUCUUCAUUACUAUCACCAUUAUCGAAACGGGAGCAUUACAGUUCGGGAGCCUCUUUGUUUAGGACAUGAAUCAUCUGGAGAGGUUGUCGCACUAGGGUCUGGCGUCUCCGCAGCAAAUCCCACCAUAUCAGUUGGCGACCGAGUCGCGCUGGAAGUCGGGGUCCCCUGUGGACAAUGUACUGAUUGCCAGAAUGGGCGUUACAAUAUUUGUCGAGAAUUGAGGUUUCGGAGCUCUGGGUCAAAGUUCCCUCAUUUUCAAGGCACUCUUCAAUCGCGCAUCAACCACCCGGUCAAAUGGAUUCAUAAGCUCCCUGCAAGUUUGGAUUACGAGAUCGGAGCGCUUUUGGAACCCCUCGCAGUUGCAGUUCACGCAGUACGCAGGGCUAACGAUAUUCGUGCUCCGCUAUCAAAGACGCCGUUAAACUGUUUAAUAUUUGGUGCGGGUGCUGUGGGAUUGUUAUGUGCUGUUGCAGCAAAGGCAGAGGGCUUCAAAAAUGUUGUCAUGGCAGAUAUCGACCAAGGCCGUUUACAGUUUGCCCUGAAAUAUGGCUUUGCUUCUACCAUAUUUACGGUUGAAAUGAAACGAGGGCAGACUAUAGAAGAAAAGCUUGAUAUAGCUAAAGGUACGGCAGCAGGAAUUCAAGGGCUACAAUGGUCCGAUGGUAGCACUGUCGGACAUGUUGACCGGGUCUUUGAAUGCACGGGGGUAGAAUCAUGCUUACAGGGCUCUAUAUAUGCAAGCAAACCCGGCGGACGAGUCGUCUUGGUCGGCAUGGGCACACCUAACCAUACAUUGCCUAUUUCGGAAGUUUCUGCCAAAGAAAUUGAUCUGAUUCCCACCUGGCGAUACGCCGAUGCGUAUCCGAGAGCCAUUGAGGUUGCCACUGAAUCUGUCACUGGAAAAACAUUACCAGAUGUUGGUAAGCUCGUCACACACCGAUAUGUGGGACUCGAGUCAAUACCAGAAGCUUUCCAGACCGCCGGCAAGACUCAGGACGAGAAGGGCGAACUGGUCGUCAAAACAAUCGUCAACUUUCCGAGUUACAAUACUUUGCAGUCUCAACUUUGA